AUGGCCAAAGCAGCUCUCAAGGUCUUGGUCCGUCUCUUGCCGCCUGAGAUCACUGAGGAUGAGCUGGUUGCAUCGGUCUCUGAAUUGCACUUGCAGCACACAACGUGGCGGAGCUUCCAGGCUGGGAAGCGCUACAAAGGCGAAGCCAAGCCCUCAAUCAAUGCCCGUUGCUACUUUCUUUUCGACAGUGAAGAAAAUGCGGAAAAGUUCAUCAAGGACUAUCAUGGUCACCAGUUCGUAGAUGGCCAGGGAGAAAGCUUCCGGGCCGUGGCCUGCUUUGCACCAUAUGCCAAAGUACCUCGCCAAAAAGCAAGCAAGGAUGCGCGUGAUGGCACAAUUUUCGAGGAUGCCACUUACAAAGAGUUUGUGGAGAACUUGUCAGCUCCCAAGACCUUUGAGGCACCUCCAGACCCAGUUGCGACAAUCCAGCCUGCAACUGCAAAGGACACGCCGCUUCUGAACUACAUGAAGACAAGGGCAGCUGAAAGAAGAGCUCGCCAAGAGAAACGCGAGAGAGAGCGAAAGAGAUGGCAUGACCGCCUCGGCCGCAUUGACGAGAAACCCAAGUGGCGUUGUGCAGAGUGUGGUACUUCCAAGCAUUUAGAGGAAGAUCCUGACCAACGAGGUGUUUGCUACUGCACCUAUUGCUGGGAGACUUGGGAAGCAAAGGAGUACAAAAAGAAAAAGAAAAAGUCCAAGGCUGCAGCUGAGGAAUGCUUCGUGCUUGUGCAAUCAGACAUUCAUAGGUCAGAGGUAAAUAGUUACAAUUAUUUGAUAUAUGAUAAUAGCAUGAUUUGUGCUAUUACCUUGUGUUACAGCAGUGUCCAAGCUGGCUGUCCUGCUUUUGGCAUGUGACUGUGAACAUAACGUAGGCAGCAAACACAAAUCUUGCAGUGCAGGAUUAUGAUUAUGAGGAAGAUUGGUAUGAAGAGGAG